GACGCUGGGGGUAGCACAUAGUUAGCUCGCUGGGAGACAAGCCUUGAAGAAAAGUGCCAAAUUUACACACCAGCUGUUGAUAAUCUGCUUCGUCAAUUUACGACACGGGUGUUGUUAGUGUCCACGCAAAGGGCAGCAUCUUUUCCUCGGAAUCUGAAACGUGGUAUUGCCAAAUUAACGCUAGCUAACGAGUUCAGUGACAGAGAGCUAGCUAGCUAACGCAACGCCUAGUGAGCCAAUAACGUCGAGUGCCCUGAAGGAGAGCAGCUCGUCAGCUCGCCGCCGGAUCGAUUCCCGUCGAGAAGUCGUCGUUUCGGUGUGUUACAAGUCGAAGCUGUGGAAAAAUGACAUCCAGGAAGAAAGUGCUCUUGAAAGUCAUCAUCCUGGGAGAUUCCGGUGUUGGAAAGACCUCCCUAAUGAACCAGUAUGUGAACAAGAAGUUUAGUAACCAGUACAAAGCUACAAUAGGAGCAGACUUCCUGACCAAGGAGGUGAUGGUGGACGACCGGCUCGUUACAAUGCAGAUCUGGGACACGGCUGGUCAGGAGAGGUUCCAGUCUUUGGGUGUUGCGUUCUAUCGUGGAGCCGACUGCUGUGUGCUGGUGUUCGAUGUGACUGCACCCAACACCUUCAAGACACUCGACAGCUGGAGGGAUGAGUUCCUGAUCCAGGCCAGCCCUCGAGAUCCUGAAAACUUCCCCUUCGUGGUGCUCGGCAACAAGAUUGACUUGGAGAACAGACAGGUAACCACCAAAAGGGCUCAGGCUUGGUGUCAGAGUAAGAACAACAUCCCCUACUUUGAGACCAGCGCCAAAGAAGCCAUCAAUGUAGAACAGGCAUUCCAGACAAUUGCACGCAACGCCCUCAAACAAGAAACAGAGGUGGAGUUGUACAAUGAAUUCCCAGAGCCUAUAAAACUGGACAGGAACGACAGAGCUAAACCUUCGGCAGAAAGCUGCAGCUGCUAAGGACAACUUGGACCAUCUUCUCUCUGAAACACCCCGUCACCGGUUACACCACCUGCACCUCCCUAGAAGAGGACGUCCUCCUUCACGCCACUGUUUAGUCCAUCGACACCAACCCUCACGCAGUACACUGCACAUGGAUGUGACCCCCCCCCACCCCCCCCGCAGUAAACACAUUUAUACACACGCUGACAAGUCCAGUUCCCAAAGAUCACACAAGAGAAGAUUGACACCCCUUCUGACCAGAGUCUCCCCGACUUGAUAGUGAGUGAUCUCCUGUCCAGACCACACAUUUUUCUGACUGGCCCCUGACUCUCACACUGGGGGGGGAAAGAUGGAGCCAUGUUCAAAGCCAUGUUCAAAGAGUGCAAUUGGAAACUCUCGAUAGACUGGCUGAAGCGCUGUAAUGUGAGAUGAUGUUUGCUAAUAUCAGCAUCCCAAGUAUCUUAUUCUGUCUUUCUGUUUUCUUUUGGCUUUCUAUUGCCUGUCUGUCAAAAACUAAUCAAGUUGAACUAUAUAUAUAUAGAUAUAUAUAUAUAUUUUAAGUGGCUGAUGUUAUUUCUCAAGCCUGAAAAACAAACUUGUUUUUUGCACUUUCUUUUGAUGUUUUUGUCUUUAUAUAUUAUAGAGGGAUGACUGAUUUUGGACAACGUCUGCUACCACAUGCAUUUUGGUAAGCUUCGAAUGAUAACUCCUCACUUUUCGUGUCAAUUAUGUGUCCUGAGAAUCUGUUGAACUUUUCCCAGUGUGCGUUAAUGGGCUUAUAACUGCCUCACACUGCAGAAGAAAUGUUCCUAAGUAGACAUUAAGUAAAAGCUGAUAACGCAGUCACGGUGUAAAACAUGGAUUCAUUCCUUGAUAAAAUAAUAUUUGCCUUUUAUGUAACAUUACUUGUACUGCUACUAUUACUGCUGUAUGUGUUAUAUCCUUCAUCAGAUACCUUUCAACGCUAUGGAAUUACUAUACGUGUCACCAACACAGCAUAUACCUGUCUUCUGUCAUGUCUUUGUUAUUGCUGUUCUCUCUAUCUGCUUGUAGCUAAGUACUUCAUAUUUUUAACGGAUUGUGCAUUACGGUGUAUAGAUGGUAAAUGGCAGAUAGAUUCAACUGAAAUGGAUGUUCUCGCUUCCAUUCAAAGUAAAGAUCCAACAUUUUGCCCUGGUAUUACUCUUUCUCCUUAUCGAAUAAAAUCACUGCAAUGCCAAUGAUGUUGUCAAAGAAAAUUGGGACUUCAAAUAAUAAAACUCUUGAAUAUA